AUGGCCAAAGAUGAGGAGGAAGACAAGGGGAAGAAGAAGAAGAAGGGGAAGAAGCCUCCUGAACCAGAGAAACCCAAGAGGAGCCUCAAAGGUACCUCUAGGCUUUUUAUGGGCUUCCGUGAUAGGACGCCAAAGAUUUCAAAGAAGGGUCAAUUCAGGAGUGCCUCCCAUUUCUUAUGGAGUCUCAACAGAGGCCCCCAGAAGACCAAGAGGAAGAAGAAGGCCAAGACUGUGCUGCAGUCCACCUCCAAGCUGAUGACCCAGAUGCGGGAGGGCAAGAGGAAGAAGGCAAUGAAGGAGAAGAAGCCGUCCUUCAUGGUUAUCCGUUUCCCAGGCAAGAGAGGCCGAGGGAAGCUGAAGCCCCGAGCUCAGGUGCUGAGCAAAGCAUCCACCUCUAUCAACUGGUUGACCAAAAGGUUCCUCAUCAAAAAGGCGGAAGAGUCAGGAAGCGAGCAGGCCUCCUUGGACGCCUGGCUGAACCGCUCCAGCUCCCGGUUCGGUUCCCAGAAGCUUCCCUUCCCUUCUGGGGCUGACAUCCUAAGGCGAGAGGGGAGGCUGAGGAGAUUCCCCCGAGGACGAAGCUUGUAUGAGUCAGGAGAAACCAUUGGCUUCCUGCCCUUUGAGUCAGAAGAUUCUUUCCAACAGUCUGGCUCAAGAAAGUCCCUCUACGGGCUGGAAGGCUUCCAGGACUUGGGGGAAUACUAUGACUACUACCGUGAGGGCGAUGAUUAUUAUGACCGUCAGUCCCUCCAAGAGUAUGAGCAAGAAAAUUACCGCUCGCCCUGGGGCUAUUAUGGCUCAGAGUGGCCUGAAUAUGGUGACUAUUACUACGGGUACCCAGUCCGAGACCCUUAUGAAUAUUAUGAUGAUGAAUACUAUGACAAUAGUCUCUAUCUUCCCUAUAGCUUUGGCUAUGGCUAUGGCUAUGGCUAUGAUGACUAUUCCCCUCCUUAUGCUGCACCUUUGGGGUACUCACCCUACAGUUACUACGAAGAGCCUUCCUAUCCUUACAACUAUUACUUGGGCCCCUACAGCCCUUAUGAUGAGGCGGGUUACUACCCAGGAGGAGCUGAUGCCAUUUACCCCCCAGAGGUCCCUUUUAUGUACCCUGAAGGCCCCCCCUUUGACUAUGCUUGGGAACCUCCCAUCCCAUCCCCCCACAAUCCCUAUGCCCACCCCAUGGAUGACAUCAUGGAGCUGGAAGAGGGAGAGCAAGAAGAGGAACCCGGGAUUCAGCAGAAUGGUUAUACCUUCAAGCCGCCGAGUACCUCUUUCUUUGAGCAGCAGGGCAUGGAGAAGUCAGCCACCUCCAAAUUGUCCCUGAUCAGGAAGUUCCGACUCUUCCCCCGGCCCCAGGUGAAAAUCUUUGGCAAAGAAAAACUGGACGUGCCCUUGCCUCCUUCCCUGGACAUUCCGCUUACCACUGAUGAGCCAGAGGAAGAGGAAGACGAGGAAGAAGACCAGUACCCACCAGUUUCUAUGCCUUAUAGCCCAUACCUCCACCCUUUCUAUGCGGGCUUUUUGUCCCCACGGGACCGCAAUGUCCAAAGAGCCCUGUCCGCUUUUAGGCUGAGGAGAGACCUGGGCUUCCACAGAGAGCCCUCUCCACCUGCCACAUCACUUGCCCGAUUCAUAAAGAAAACCCUUUCGGAAAAGAAACCCAUCCCCAAAUAUGGUGGCAGUGCCCGCCAGAAGGGCACAGGCUCCUUCAGGAGACCAGCCGUGAGGGAGGCAGCCUACAAGCGCUUUGGCUAUAAGCUUGCGGGGAUGGAUCCCGACAAUCCUGCCACGCCGGUGACCUUGAGGAAAUUCCGCGGCCCUACGACAAACAGCAACAACUCCCAGAAGGUACCUCCCUUGUCUCCAUCCCCAGCACCUUCCAAGAAGAGUGUGCUCCUCUCUCCGCCUCCCCUGAGGAAGAAUGAGAACCCGGAUGUCAAGCCGUCCCUCUGGCCCUUCCUGCCGGACCUUUCAGCAGGGCCUCCACAAGCCUCUCCCUACGACCCUUCUCCUUAUGGGUCCUUCGGCCAAGUCCCGCCCUCACCCCAGGCCUCCCUGCGGCAGAGGCCCUGGUCUCCCCCGGUCCUCAGGCCGCAGUCCAGCUGGUGGAGCCUCAUUGAACCACCGUCUGUACCCACUUUUCCAGAGCCUGAGGCUAAUCCCUACCCACUGUGGUUUGCCAGACCCCCAAGCAGGCCACCGACUCCUGCGCCUUCAAUUCGGUCAUCCCUGAGGAGACCAGGCACUCUUGGCUUCCCAGGGUCUUCUGUGAGGGGACCAAUGUCCCCUGGAGACCUGUUGGGAUCCCCGAGAGCAUCGCGACCCCUGCCUGCCUCUCCACAACCAUCCCUCAGGAGCUUCCCUAGCACAGGGGCUCGCUCCCCACUGAGGCCCUCUUCCCCGCAGCUCUCCGUCCAUUCCACUUCUUCACUGAUGUACAGCCCCAGGCCUAGAAGGCCCCCCUUCUCCCCUCCACUGGGGGUUAAGGGCUCCAGCCGUCACCCGUCUCUCAGGGAACCUCUCUCCCCAAACCCAUCGCUCAGUCGUUUUGGGCCUCCUUCCCCCCACUUAGGAUCCCCUCAUCUCCCUCCCAGAGGCGGGAGCCAAAGGCUCCCCUCACCCCCACUAGGCCGAAGCCUGAGGCGCCGCUCCCUUAAUCUGCCUAGGAAGCCUCCCCACCCCUGGAACCGGCUCAGUGAGCGUCCAACCAAGGCAGUCAAACCCCAAGUGCAUUUGCCUCUGCAGAGGUCGUCCCGCCGAAGGGUCCCUCCCCAACCCCCUCCCGGUCCCUGGAACGGAGAUGGGCCCGUGCCUGAGGUAGCUCCCCGACGGGACAGCCGCCGCUCACUAGGCAGGCCGCCACCUUGGCUACCACCCCCGCUAGCACCCAGCUGGGAGGUGGAUCUUCCCCCGAUCCAGCGCCCACCAUCCCCAUGGCCCGGCCUGGCCGGCAGCCGGCGGGGCUUCUCCAAGCGACGUCGGCCACCAUCUUCAUUUCACAGACCCUUCUUCCAACAUGGCCAUCCCAUGCCUGGACCUGCCCAUCCUCCACCUCCUGUUUUCCAAGAAAGGGAUGAUGACCUAGCCCAUGUUCUCCUUGGUAGGCUUGAAGAACCCGGCCCUGGCCAAGUCUCUAAAUCAUCAAAUGAAGAUCCCAUGAAGUCUGACAAAGGGGAAGGCAUCGAUGGGUCCACCCCAAAGCCCGCGGCAGUCUCCAUCGCUCUCUCUCCCAGGGCCUCUAAGAAGUCGCCCCCCGGGCUUGUGCAGGGGCGGAAGGCGCUGUAUAGUAGUUUCUCCUACCCGCUGACCACUCCCCCUCAGGCCACUUGGCCCAGCCUUCGCAGAUGGGCAUCCCUACCCAGAUCACUGGUCCAGUCGGCCCCUACCACAGGACUCGCUGGGGCCCGAGAGAAAGGAGAACGAGGUCCACCAAGGCCUGGGCGCUUCGCGAUUGUUAUGCCUCGUGUUCAAAAGAUGGGCUCCUUCCAGCGGGUGUCCACGAUGUCCCGGCAGCUGCAGAGCAGACAACCAACGCCAGGCCUGCCGAAGGCCCAGCAGUCCAGCUGGGUGCGUGUCUCAGUCUCCACUGGGGCCUUCCGGCGGUGGCCCAGGGUGACCACAGGGACCCACUACCUAUCUUGUGAAAUGUCCCUCCAGUGCCAUGCCUUCAAGGGACCCUGGGAGCAGGAAGGCUCAGUGAGCUGGAAGAGUCAGAUGCACUCCAUUCGCAACCUGCCAUCCAUGAGAUACCGGGUACAGCAGGAGGAAGAUGGUGUGGAAGACAUGACCCAGCUGGAGGACUUGCAAGAGUCUGCUGUGUUGUCCAAUCUGAAAACCAGAUUUGAAAGGAAUCUCAUCUAUACCUACAUUGGCAGCAUCCUCGUGUCUGUGAACCCUUACAGGAUGUUUAACAUCUAUGGGAUGGAGCAAGUGUUGCAGUACAAAGGGCGAGCCCUGGGGGAGAAUCCACCGCACCUCUUUGCGACUGCCAACCUUGCUUACACUAAAAUGCUGGAUGCUAAACACAACCAGUGUAUUAUCAUCAGUGGGGAAAGCGGUUCAGGAAAAACUGAAGCCACAAAGCUUAUCCUACGCUAUCUAGCCACCAUGAACCAGAAGCGGGACAUUAUGCAGCAGGUAAGGAUCCUUGAGGCUACCCCCCUGCUAGAAGCCUUUGGAAAUGCCAAAACCGUGAGGAAUGACAACUCCAGUCGCUUUGGGAAGUUCAUAGAGAUCUUUUUGGAAAGCGGCUUGAUUUGUGGUGCCAUAACGUCUCAGUAUCUCCUAGAAAAAUCCCGAAUUGUGUUUCAGGCCAAGAAUGAACGAAAUUACCACAUAUUCUAUGAGAUGUUGGCAGGACUCCCAGCCCAGUUGAAGCAGACCUUCAGUCUCCAGGAAGCUGAGACCUAUUACUACCUGAAUCAGGGUGGCAACUGUGAGAUCCUGGGUAAAAGUGAUGAAGCUGACUUCCAGAGACUCCUCAGUGCCAUGGAGGUCUUAAACUUUAGCAUUGAAGAUCAGGACAGCAUCUUCCGAAUUCUGUCUUCCAUACUCCAUUUGGGCAAUGUGUACUUUGAAAAGUAUGAGACAGAUGCCCAGGAAGUAGCUUCUGUGGUGAGCGCCCGGGAGAUCCAGGUUGUGGCGGAACUGCUCCAGAUCUCCCCAGAAGGACUGCAGAAGGCUAUCACCUUCAAAGUGACUGAGACAAUGAGAGAGAAGAUUUAUACUCCUCUCACUGUGGAAAGUGCCGUGGAUGCCAGAGAUGCUAUUGCCAAGAUUUUGUAUUCGAUGCUGUUUGGCUGGCUUAUCGACAGGAUCAACACAUUGGUUUAUCCCCAGAAGGAUGCUCUUUCUAUUGCCAUCUUGGAUAUCUAUGGUUUUGAGGAUCUCAGCUUCAACAGCUUUGAGCAACUGUGUAUCAACUACGCCAAUGAGUACUUACAGUAUUUUUUCAACAAGAUUGUCUUCCAAGAGGAGCAGGAUGAGUACAUCCGAGAGCAAAUAGACUGGAGAGAAAUCACCUUCACUGACAACCAGCCUUGUAUCAACCUUAUCUGCCUGAAGCCCUAUGGUAUCCUCAGGAUUCUAGAUGACCAGAGUUGCUUCCCCCAGGCCACAGACCACACUUUCCUACAGAAAUGUCAUUACCACCAUGGCUCCAACCCUCUCUAUUCCAAGCCCAAGAUGCCCCUGCCUGAAUUCACCAUCAAGCACUAUGCUGGCAAAGUCACCUACCAGGUGCACAAAUUCCUAGACAAAAAUUACGAUCAGGUGAGGCAGGACGUACUAGACCUGUUUGUCCGAAGUAAAACUCAAGUUGUGGCUCAUCUCUUUGCCAGUCAUGCUCAGUUGAUCUCCCAUCAUCGGUUGGGGAAGAAUAACACACUCACUCGUCUCUACAAGGCUCCCACUGUGGCUGCCAAGUUUCAGCAGUCUCUCCUGGACCUGGUGGACAAGAUGGAGAGGUGCAACCCUCUGUUUGUUCGAUGCCUCAAACCCAAUCACAAAAAGGAGCCUGAUCUAUUUGAGCCAGAUGUGGUGAUGGGACAGCUCCGAUACUCAGGGGUCAUGGAGACUAUCCGGAUCCGAAAGGAGGGCUUCCCUGUGCGCAUUCCUUUCCAGGUCUUCAUUGACAGGUACAGAUGCCUGGUGUCUCUGAAACACGACAUACCAGCUACUGGGGAAGCCUGUGUCUCAGUGCUCAAUAGACUUUGCACAGUCACCCAUCGAAUGUACUGUAUCGGGGUCAGCAAGCUGUUCCUGAAGGAACACCUGUACCAGCUGCUGGAGAGCAUGCGGGACCGAGUUCUGCACCUGGCAGUGCUCACGCUGCAGCGCUGCCUCCGGGGCUUCUUCAUCAAAAGGCGUUUCCGCUCUCUGCGCCGCAAGAUCAUCCUCCUCCAGAGCGUCUCUCGGGGCUACCUUGCCAGGAAGAAGUAUCGGAAAAUGAAGAGGAAUUUGAUCAAGUUCAGAUCUCUGGUGAACAUGUAUGUGAACCAAAAGCAGUACCUAAGGGAACUGACCAAGAGAGAAGUGGUGAAUGUGGCCUGUCUUGAGGUACCCGCUGAGCUGGCAGGACUCCUCCAGGUGGUGACAGUAUACAAACAAGCAAAUGCAGACUGCGUGGUUUCUGUCCGUACUCCCAAGCUGCAGAUUGAUCCUCAGAUUGCACUGCCCCUCGACAUCAACAACUAUCCAAUGGUCAAGUAUGUCCAGGCCCACUUCAAGGAUCCAGCCUUUGGGAUGCUUACUGAGCCAUUACAGAGUCCCCUUACCAGGUUAGAGAAAGAACAUUACCCAGAAGCCAUCAGCAUCUUUAAGUUGAUUCUGCGCUUCAUGGGUGACCCCCACCUCCACGGAGCUCAGGACAACCUGUUUGGGAACUAUAUCGUCCAGAAAGGACUUGCAAAGGCUGAGCUGAGGGAUGAGAUCCUGGUCCAGCUGGCCAAUCAGGUGUGGCGGAACCCCAACAUCAGCAACAAGGAACGAGGUUGGCUCCUGCUGGCCUCCUGCCUCAGUGGCUUUGCACCCUCACCUCGUCUGGACAAGUAUUUGCUCAAGUAAGUAGAGGUUCAGGAAGUCUGAGACUCCAACCAGUAGGACCUAGACACGGGUUCCCAAGAAGUACAGAGGGAUGAUGUCAUGGCAAUGAAGGGUCUUACACAGAUGCACAUUCUCCUGUAGCAAAUCAACUAAGCUAUUGUUCAACCCCUAGGUAAGGGGUUGCAAGCUGGGUAUGUCGGAGAGGGUUUUGAGCACUUUUCACUAAAUGCUACUGGUUGCAAUAUUUUCUAUUCAGCCUAUUUGCAGAUUGGUUGGGCAUUAGAUCCUUUUCUUUGUUCUCCAUUCCAAUCAUAAUUGAACCCUAAUUCUAAGCACAAAUGGGUCCUAACUCAACCACCAACUGAACCCUAAUCCCCAGCCACUCCCUGAAUCCUUGAUCCCAGCCAUAUUCUGAGCCUAACCUCAGCCAUACAUUGAGUUCAGUCACACUGAAAUCUAAAUCUGGAACAUAAAUGGAUGAUUUUUGACAUGAAGAAUAUUAUUGAAAGUGUGGGUUAAUCUUGUGAUGAAGAGAGUCCAUUACAUCCAGAAAGGGGACUGUGAGAACUUAGUGUGAACCACAACAUAACAUCCUCACUCUUUUUGUUGCUGUUUGCUUGCAUUUAAUUUUCUUAUUCAUUUUCUUUCUUUUUUGAUCUGGUUUUUCUUGUGCAGCAAGAGAAUUGUACAGAUAUGUUUACGCCUGUUGGAUUUAACAUAUAUUUUAACAUGUGUAAUAUAUAUUGGAUUGCUUGCCACCUAGGGGAGAAAA